AUGACAAGGUUACGGCCAUCCGUUCUGCUGCUCCUGACUCUGAUGGCCAGCAUCAGAUCAGGACAAGCACAUAGCUCUUUCGAUCUUUUCUCUCGAAGCUCAGACACGUGCCCCUCCUCAUACACUCGCUGCGGCACUACCCCGAAUGAUUUCUGCUGUCCUUCAGACUCCACGUGCAUCAGUUUAGACCAGGGCAGCUCCUCCAUCUGUUGUCCCGCCGGCGAAGACUGUAACUACAUCUCGCCGAUUACAUGUGAUAUACAGCAGCAGAAUGUCACCCUCUACCCCGAAAGUGUCAUCAAGACAAGCCGUCUGGAUGACAGCCUUCCCAAAUGCGGCGAUGCGUGCUGCCCAUUUGGCUACACCUGCCAAAACAACACUUGUUCCCUGAACCAAAAGACCUCCGUAACGGCAACAAAAUCUGUAUCCAGCUCCUCUACCAACACAGCAACAACAUCUGUGUUCAGCUCCCCUACCAAGACAGCAACAGCAACAGCAUCUGUAUCCAUCUCCUCUACAAACACGGCGUCGUCAUCGACAGCGGCUACAAGCUCAGCAACCCCAAAGGCAACCAUCACACCCGUGCCAUCUCCCACACCCGAAAAUUCCGUAAACUCGACGGCAUGCACAGAAAUAUCAAACGCAUGUCCCUCCUUCCCACCUGGAGCUAUAGCAGCAGGCUUCUUCCCAGGUGCCAUCCUCGGUGCUGUCGCCGCUCUCUUAAUAUCUCUCUGUUUCCGACGUGCUCGAAAGGAAAAGGACGAAUGUGAUAUACAAGAAGGCAAAUCCGGGCCUAACUGGUCCCAACGCUCUUUGUCCGGAUCAAGACUGUGCAUAUCAAACCCCAUACCCCAAGACGAUACCUCCUACCGCACAGACUUCCUCCGAAGCCCACCGCGUGUCAAGCGCUCUUCUACAGGAGGACGCUCCACUCGCACAAUGAUCUAUCGCACCGGCAGCAGAGUGCGGAGUCUAUUCUCCGGUUAUCCAAGAGGAAACCCUGAACUAGACAAGGAUGUGCCGCCUGUCCCUAUGCCAAUCCCUAUGCCCCCGGCUCCGUUUACUCCGCCACGGCAGCGCCAGCCGAGUACAGAAAGCAUCAAGAUAUAUUCACCGCCUGAGUCGUCGUUUUCUCAGUCUCGCACUUUUCUCGAGCCUGAGCCGUAUCAGGGUUCUGCCGUUAGGCCGGACACUACUUUUAGUGGCCUGAUUCGCGUUGUUAAUCCUCAUGAUGGGAAGGGGAAUGCACCUUAUCCGACACAUGAUGAUUCUCGGGAAAAUCCGUUCCGGGAUCCUGAGCGUUGA